AGCAAAGCUCAGCGACUUGAGCAAUAGUGCCCUGAGUCCAACCUGAGCGCAUGCUGACGCUGGAGCUCCAAAGCCUGCCAUUCUGCUGUGCCAAGUGCAGAAAGCUUGCAAUCUAUCAGAAAAUAAUCUAUUCAUCUGGACAACCCAUCCAGCAUCUCUAGACUAAGACUUGGAAGUAUACGGAUUACCAGAAAGCAAAGUGUCUUCACAUUGAUGCUGACCAACAAGCUCCAGAGCAUCUUGCCUGAGUGACCAUCCUGCUGCCCAUUCCAUGUUCUCCUGUUGGAGAAGAUCUCAACUCAUGGUCCAUGCUCAACAUGUCAGUUCAGGGUCGUGUUCCUAUCACAUGCUUAAGCGAAUGAAGGUAGUACCUGUCUGGUGAUACAUUUUCAGAACUUCCCUGAAGCUGACACCUGCAGGAAGACUUCUUUGGUAGACAGUGAGUGGAGUCUCGUGGUAGAGCACAAUUCAUUAUUCCACCUAGACUAAAAGUCUGCGCUGACAUGGAUCCAGUCAAGUCAAGGCUGGAGAAGAAACCUGUCGACUGCAAUGGUUUCCUACAAGAAGAUAAGAAGGACUCCUCCAUGGCAUUGGGUCGUGUAGAUCGCGGUAGAUCUGAGAUGAGCACUCCACCCCUGGAGAGCUGGAGAGAAGAAAGGACUCGCAGUGAAGAAGACAAUGAACUGAACCUCCCUACCUUGACGGCAGCUUAUGGUACCAUCCUGAAGUCACUUGGAGAAGACCCUGGAAGGCAAGGACUACUGAAAACCCCAUGGAGGGCAGCGACCGCCAUGCAGUUCUUUACCAAGGGCUACCAAGAGACAAUAACCGAUGUGUUGAAUGAUGCCAUCUUUGAUGAAGACCAUGAUGAGAUGGUGAUUGUGAAGGACAUUGACAUGUUUUCCAUGUGUGAACAUCAUCUGGUUCCAUUCAUUGGAAGGGUGCACAUAGGUUAUCUACCAAACAAGCAAGUGCUGGGCCUCAGUAAGCUGGCGAGGAUCGUGGAGAUUUACAGCAGACGACUACAAGUUCAAGAACGCCUUACGAAACAGAUCGCCAUUGCAAUUACAGAAGCCUUGCAGCCUGCCGGCGUGGGAGUGGUCAUUGAAGCUACCCACAUGUGUAUGGUCAUGAGAGGGGUUCAGAAGAUGAACAGCAAGACAGUGACCAGCACUAUGCUCGGCGUAUUCCGAGAGGACCCCAAAACCAGAGAAGAAUUCUUGAACCUCAUCAGGAGCUGAUUUCAGUGCCAAAAAAAAUAAUCUGUGGCUGCGUGAAUCUGCCUGUCCGUGUCUGUGUGUCUCUGGUUCGGUCGUCUAUUGUUCAACUAUGCGUAGGAUAACGGUGUUUUAUGGUGACCGCUUCAGCGUCAUUUUAUGGUACUCUGUGUUUACAUAUAUAUCGAGAAAGGACCGGAAACGUGGUGGCAAAGGUCACCACCCCAUCCAUUACCAUGUUUACAUUGAUCAUGUUCUGUCCAAGCCUGACCCUACUUAGAUGCUGAUUUUUUGGGACAUGGUACAGAAUGGCGCCAGUCCUCAGUGACUACCUGAGACCACAGCUACUGUACGUAUGUGAUAUUCGGGGCCACAGCUGGAGAUCUGUAGGACAUCCCAGCCAUACAUCAGCAGUUUCCAGCUGUUGCAAAGCUGCAACUCCCAGCAUGUUCCGACAACCCGUGGCAGGUUGGAGACCAUUGUUUUACGGUAAUAUGGCUGCACAUUCUCUUGAUCAGACCACCCAUAGUGAAGUGCCACUUAGAGUCCUAAAGAGUCCUUACAGGUAAGCUACCAAAGGAUUAAAAGGGUAUUCCGGUUACUACAAGUUAUCACCUAUCCACUGGAUAGAGGACAGUUAACAGAUUGUGGGGGUUCAUACCUCCGAAAUGAAUAGAAUGGCUGGUUGAGCAUACACCUUGCCGGUGCCAUUUACUCUCCGGUAGUCCCAUAGAGAUGAAUGGAGUGGCAUUACACAUGCUCGCCCUGCUGCGCCUUUCAUUUCAGGGCUUCUUACCUGGGAUUUUUGGGCAUCCAAUCACUGGGACUCCCACCGAUCAGUUAGUUAAUCCCUAUCCAGUGGAUAGGGAGUGGUAACUAGCAUACCCCUUUAAGGCCCCCAUACACAUUAUACAAUCGUGAGCUGAGUGUGCAUGUGUAUGGGGCAGUCGAGAGAGAUGGAGUAUAUGACCUGGAUAGAAUUAACAGAGGUGGUCGCCCUUUCAGGACCAGUCAGAAAGCAGCUGCAAAAAAGCGUACCACCAGGCCUGUUAGUGACUUCAGAGGGCACCGUGUAAUGCUUCAUUUCCCCUGUGGUGGCGCUGCAGGGAUACUAAUAUUUGCUGCCAGGUUUCCCCACAAAUGACAGUUGAUCGCUUGGGUUCCUAACAGCGACAAAACCAGUGAUCGAUUGUCAACAGAGUAUCAAUUAAAAGGGAUUAUUCAAAGUGGACAAUCCCUUUAAAGAGGACCUGUCACCCCUCCUGACAUAAAACUGUUUUAAUAACUACUUGCAUACCCCCAUGUAAUAACAAUUCUGGAUCAUCUUUUCUUUUCUUAUUCCUGCUAAAAUGUUAUAGAUGAGGGUUCAGAUGGAUGUUACCAGUUGGGGGGUGUGUCCAUGUACAGUCUGACACUGGCAGCACUGAUUGGUUAAGGUCAGACUGUGCAAGGACACACCCCAACUGGUAACUCCCAUCUGUAACUUUAUCCAUAAACUGCUAGCAAGAAUAACAGAGUCAUAAGAAAAGAUGAUCCAGAAUGGUCAUUCCAUGUGGAAUAUAAUUAUUUACAAAAACAGUCAUGUCAGGGGGGGCAUGGUCCUCGUUAAGGCUCUUGGCUGUAUUAGGGUUGUCACUGCCUGACAGAGGCAACCAUUUUCAUAUAUUUCACCAUAACUAGAUCAUUUUAUAUUUAGCUUUCUCUCUUCUGCUGCUGCAAUACAUUCUGAUCAUUUAUUUGCUUAUCGUGCUGUAUGUAUAAAUGUAUGAUGGAGGGUUCGGAUCAUGGGAAAUGUCUUUUUUGGGGACACCUCCACCCAACUCUGAGGUAUACAUGUGUAGGUAAUUCCUAUACUGCCUUUACCUGGGAUUGUUCCUUGCUGCUCCCCUUACACAAAUAGGCGGAACCACAGAGCAGACCCCUCCUUCUGGACUUACCAUUUAUGCAAAUGAAGGGAGGAGCCUGACUAUCUGCUGCCUCUGUAGAAAACUACUAAUACUAGAGGACCAGAUGCAGGAGUGAAUAUGAUAAUUGUACAUUUACUAAUGGUACCGUCUCAAUGGACGAACUCUCAGAGGUGGACACAGCUGUCCUUUAAAUAUUUCUGUCUGAGAUGUUUAAUGGUUUACAAGACCCAGAUCAGAUUUGUGCAGUUCAUGUUUGAUAACUCAAUGGAACAACAAUCGGCAGCUUAAACUGAGAAGAGGCCAUGGAGGAGCUCUGUACGCGUGUAUUUAUAACGUCCUGUCCAUUGUCUGCUAUGUGCCUGUGGUCUACAGAUAUAUAUAUAUAUAAUCAUGAGUACAUGUCUUGUUUGUAACCAUCCACAUUUUUGGGGACCACAUUAUGUCGCCCUGGGAGAUACUCUGUAUAUACCGAGAACACCCAGGCAAGGAAUGAAUUUGUGUACUAUGAUGUUAAUGUCCCUUUAAGGGAUUAAAGAAACAAUGUCUGUUUUUUAAAGCGGUAUAAAUUAUCUGCCUAUCAUAUAAGUAUAAUAUAAGCAAUCCUGUACGAUAUAUAGCUAUAAGAUAUAGAGAGCUCCUGUAAGAUAUAUAGCUAUAAUAUAUACAGGGCUCCUAUACGAUAUAUAGCUAUAAUAUAUACAGGGCUCCUAUACGAUAUAUAGCUAUAAUAUAUACAGGGCUCCUAUACGAUAUAUAGCUAUAAUAUAUACAGGGCUCCUAUACGAUAUAUAGCUAUAAGAUAUACAGGGCUCCUGUAAGAUAUAUAGCUAUAAUAUAUACAGACCUCCUGUAGGAUAUAUAGCUAUAAUAUAUACAGUGCUCCUGUAGGAUAUAUAGCUAUAUACAGUGCUCCUGUAUAAUAUAUAGCUAUAUACAGUGCUCCUGUAUGAUAUAUAGCUAUAUACAGUGCUCCUGUAUGAUAUAUAGCUAUAUACAGUGCUCCUGUAUGAUAUAUAGCUAUAUACAGUGCUCCUGUAUGAUAUAUAGCUAUAUACAGUGCUCCUGUAUGAUAUAUAGCUAUAUACAGUGCUCCUGUAUGAUAUAUAGCUAUAAUAUAUAUACAGCUACUGUAUGAUAUAUAGCUAUUAUACAGUGAUCCCGUAAGAUAUGAUAUAUACAGUGAUCCUGUAUGAUAUAUAGCUAUAUUAUAUACAAUGACACUGCACGAUAUAUGGCUACAAUAAGAGAUCCUGUACAAUAUGAGUAUAAUAUAUACAGUAAUGCAAAUUGUGUUUAACUCUUCCUAUUGUAAUUUAUGACUUACGUUCUGCACAAUGAAUAAAGCACAGGUUCUACCCA